AUGGGCACGCUUUCUAGUGCUUGGUUUUCUCUUCUUCUGCCUUCCUACGGAACAUGGAAGUCUCUCGCACACCGCCCUGUCUCCGAACCCGAGUUGGAACGCUGGGCGAUGUAUUGGUCCGUCAUGGGCGCUUUUAUCGCGUUUGAGCACGUCGCAGAGUGGUUCGUCAGCUGGCUUCCAUUCUACUGGGAAGCAAAAAUCCUGGUGCUCUUGUACCUGUCUCUGCCUCAGACGCAGGGUUCUACAUGGGUGUUCCAGAUGUUCGUGCACCCGUACCUUAGCAAGAACGAGGCGAACAUAGAUGCCAGCAUCGCCGCUGCGAAGGCCAACAUCGUUGCCUUCAUUCAGAGCCGCUUCGCUACGCUUUGGCAGAGCUUCGUCGAUGCUGCUACCAAGGCGGCCGCCAACGCUGGUGCCCAGCCGCAGGGGCAGUCUGGCGCUCCUCCGACGAGUCCCAUCGACAUGGCCAGGGGACUCUGGAGCGCGUAUGGGCCAGCCCUGAUGAACGGUCUCCAGGCGCCUGCGGCUGCUGCGAACCAUCAACGUCCGGUCCCAGCACACGCGUAUUCAGCGGCCUCGAUCUCCUCUCAGUCCUCAGGGUCGAGUUCUGCAGCCUCGUCUUCGUAUUCCUCUGAGCCGCCGGCGUACCCAGAGUCCGAGCCUUACAAGAUCUAA